AUGCGCAUCCCCUACGUGCCCAACCCACCCGAGCCGUCCUCCGCCGAGGAGGCAGCCAUCGUCUCGCGCAUCCAAGCGCGGCGGGCGCCCCGGCCGCUGCAGCCGCUGGACCUGGCGCUGCUGCACGCGCCGGCGGUGGCGGACGGGUGGAACUCGUUUCUGGGGGCGGUGCGGACGCGCACGGGGCUGGCGGCGGACCUGCGCGAGAUCGCCAUCUCGCGCGUCGCCGUGGUCAACCGCGCCUGGUACGAGUGGGCGCACCACGCGCCGCUGGCCGAGCAGGGCGGCGUGAGCAAGCUGGGCAUGGAGGCGGUCCGGCGCGAGGAGGAGCUUAGGCUCGAGGACCCCGUCCCGGAGGGCCUGACGGCCCAGCAGUGGGCCGUGGUUUGCUAUGCCGAGGAGAUGACGCGGAAUGUGCAGGUGCGGGACGAGACGUUUGCGAAACUACGGGAGAUGUUUGGGGAGAAGGAAAUCGUGGAGAUCACGGCGACGGUUGCUUGCUACAAUUGCGUAAGCCGCUUCUUGGUGGCUUUGGAUGAUUCAGCAUUAGAAAUACAGAUCGGCCUCAUGGCCAGUUCGACCCAAGACCGCCCGGCGCCGAACGCCGCUUAG